AUGGGGGCAUUGCAAACAAUGCUGGAAAAGGUAUGUCGAAUGGGUACCGCUCAUAGCCCUCACGCCGAGUAUGUGGCGAACAUGAAGAUCCACAACGAGGCAGCAUUGCGGACUGCCAUGCAAGAAAUCGAGUCUUCGAAACUUGCUAUCGACGAUGAGUUUCGGAACAGAGUGCAGGAAAUAUCUGCUGGCCUGAAUGCCCUCAGCAGAUGCGGCUGA